AUGUCAGGUACAUAUACUUCUGACGAUGACCAUAUUAAUCGGCAGAAUGAAAAUAAUGAUCCGUCUAGUUCUGUUUCUAAAGAAUCUUCUGAAGAAUUAUAUUAUAUUACUAGAUUGAAAAAAAAAUCAGAAGUUAGAAAUAUCAUUUCAACAUCUGUCUUUGGAACCGGAAGUAUUGCAACACUUUUGGGAAGUUUAUGGUCUCUUAAAGAUCUUUUUAUGAAAGACAGAACGCCAAAUGAAUUGUAUGAUGGAAAAGAAUCAAGUACUGGAAAUGAAGAGUAUAAAAUUGAAGAGAGUAUAAAAGAAAAGUUAAAAAAGGAUAUGGAAAAGAACAUACGCGAAUUAGAUGAAAUAUACGAUGAAAUAAAGAAUGUAGAAGGAAUUGACAAUAAAAAAAAUAUAUUUGGAAAAUUAAAAGAAAUUAGAAAUAUAUAUAAAGAUGAAGAAUUAAGCAAAAAGGUAGAGAAAGUAGAUAAAUUAAAGAUUGAAA